GGGAACUGUCCCACAGUCUCUCAGAAGCCUACAUCCUCACAGGGCGCUCCUGUUCUGCUGUCUGUGUCUCCGUCUGGAUAACCGAGCCCUCUUCUCUGCUCUGCUGAGAGUCAAAAAACACACAAAACCAUGGAGGCCAUCAAGAAGAAAAUGCAGAUGCUGAAGCUGGACAAGGAGAAUGCGAUAGACCGGGCGGAGCAGGCAGAGGUGGACAAGAAAGGAGCAGAGGACAAAUGCAAACAGCUCGAGGAGGAACUGCUGGGCUUGCAGAAGAAACUCAAAGGAGUAGAAGAUGAGCUGGACAAAUACUCCGAGUCCCUGAAGGAUGCCCAAGAGAAGCUGGAGCAAGCAGAGAAGAAGGCAGCUGAUGCGGAGGCAGAGGUGGCUUCUCUGAAUAGGCGUAUCCAGCUGGUGGAAGAGGAAUUGGACCGAGCUCAGGAGAGGCUAGCCACUGCUCUACAGAAGCUGGAGGAAGCAGAGAAAGCUGCAGAUGAAAGCGAGAGAGGAAUGAAGGUUAUAGAGAACAGAGCAACUAAGGACGAAGAGAAAAUGGAAAUUCAAGAGAUGCAGCUAAAGGAGGCCAAACACAUUGCUGAGGAGGCUGACCGCAAAUAUGAAGAGGUUGCACGUAAACUGGUGAUUCUGGAGGGAGAUCUGGAGCGCUCAGAGGAGCGUGCUGAGGUGGCUGAGGCUAAAUCAGCUGACCUUGAGGAAGAGUUGAAAAAUGUCACCAACAACUUGAAGUCCCUGGAAGCCCAGGCUGAGAAGUACUCACAAAAAGAGGACAAAUAUGAAGAGGAGAUUAAAGUGCUUACGGAGAAGCUGAAGGAGGCUGAAACCCGGGCAGAGUUUGCAGAAAGGUCUGUGGCUAAGCUGGAAAAAACCAUUGAUGAUUUGGAAGAAAAGCUGGCCCAGGCCAAAGAAGAAAAUCUGGACAUGCACCAGGUGUUGGAUCAAACCCUGCUCGAGCUCAACAAUCUAUAGAGGCUUCCACAGAGUUGGAGGAGGACCUGAAAGAUCUGGGGAAAGUGACAUUUCCUCUCAGUCCACUCUACAAGACAGUACCCCAUUGGUUUUACUCUUAAAUGAAAACGUCAUUUUAUGAACACAUUGUUAUGAGUUAAAAUUGUGUCUUCUAGUUUAAAGAAAUAUAAUUUAAGUCUGCCUGGACCUUGUGUUUAAAAUGAUACAAUUAAGUGGACUAUCAAAUAAAUGUUCAAGACCAACAUAACAUAAAUAAUUUAAAAUGCUAAGGAUUUAAGAGCUUUUUUUUUUUUUAGCUUAGUUGCUCCCAUUUAAAUUCAUUUGCUGCAACCUUUCUUUCUUUGCAUUUAUAUACAUAAAUCUGGUUGCAUAGUCAAUAUUUGGAUUAAAAUAAUAAUGACGACAUAAAACACAACCACUUACAAUUGCAAGUUUGGUUUAGUCCUACUUGGCUGGCUGAACACAGAAGAAUGUCUUUCAAAGAACUACUUGAUUAUGAAUGGAAAUAUCUACCAACACAUUUCAGGCAUUAACAGCAAUGACCAAUCACAGCUCAUAGACAACAUAUAUUUACACACAGAAACACACUCAUCAAAAUGGAUAUAGGUCAUCACAGAAAAAGACUGAUGAGUUGUUUUUGUUUAUUUUCUUUUUCCUUUUUGUUUUCAAAAUUUUCUUCACCUCCCAUUAAGUAUCAGGAUUUCCACCUUUUCUUGGCACUCCGUGGCAAAAACGUAUUUAGCUAUGAAUGGUGUAAUUUGUCACAUUAGAUGAAUUAUUUGUCAACAUGAAAAAAACACUUUUUUUAUUUCCAGGUUUUCAAAAGUGUGUGCAUUGUGGGAUUUGUUCAGUUGAAUAUGACUUUAUGUGUUCUAAUAAACUAAUCAAUUAAAUAAAUUAGAAAAAAUGACA